AUGCUCCCCCCAUUGUCCACUGGCCCAUCAGGGACGUCCUUGAGCCCUGUCCUCCCAUCUCAGCCACUAUGGGUGGGGACUCCUUCCAUCUCAAAACGACAUUCUCUGAGGUCAGACAUCCUCCCUCUUCUCCCUCCAUCUCCAUCCUCUUCAUUGGCUCCUGACUCACCUCAUUCCAUCAUCUUUUCCAAACCAGCCAAGCGACCCACCAAAGUGCCUCCUUCCCCCCAAAUAGCUCCAACUGACUCCUCUUCAAGUCAGAGUAUAGCUAAUCCCCUAAACCCUUUUGUUGAUGAAAUGAACCACACUCCAUCCAAAAAUGCCCAGGAUUUAAUAGGCAUCCCUCGUCUAGGUUUUUCCGGAUUGUCAACAAAGCAGUAUUCGGAGCUGUCCCCCACGGAGGGUCCUCGCACAGCAGGUUCCCCGACACCAGAGUUUCUGAGCUCCGGGGCAGAACUGACCCAUCUGUCUCCCCUUCCCCUAGUACCUGGAAGUCUUCAGCUCCCAGGUGGAACUCUCUCAUGGUCAAGGUUGGAAGUGACUUCAAGUCCUGCAUCCACCCAGCCAGUAGAAGCGGAGGUGGUCGAAAGAGUGCACAAGGAGGUUUUGAAGAGUGUGGAGGCAGCCGCCACCCAAGGGGCCGUGCCUUCGCUUUUCCAGACUGCUGAGUCAGUGGAAGUGAUGAGCAGAAAGCUAGCCCCCGCCACUGCAAGAGGCUCUGCUAACCCACUGCAUUGGUCAGCAGCUCCAGAGAGCUCCAGAGGGCCUGCCCUUUCUGCAGAACACACAUCGUUCUCCUUGGUGCCUCCCACUGCAGCUGGCCGAGGACAAGCCAUCCUUUCUGGGGAGGUUCCUGCAUCACCACCGAAGGGCACAGCAGAAGACUUUCCCUCCAAACCCGCUUUUCUGAAGCUGGCGCAGAAUCGUGCCUCUCCAUCCACUGAGCCCCAAAUGCCAGCUCCUCAGGAAGAGGGCCGUGAUGGACCCCCUCCUACUGCAGCUACUGACUUCCUCCUCUCAAGCAAAUCUCCUAAUAUCCUUGCCACGACUUGGACAUUUCCCCUGCAGAAAGAAGACGGUGUGACAGCUGUUUUAAAGAAAAACGAAAAGGCAAAUUUGACAGUGGCUCUCCAGACCCUUCCAAGUAAAGAGAUUCUGAGUCUUCACACCGUAAAUGGCUUCACCUCUGAUUUUAGCACUGAUCGCAUUCCACCCACUGUCAUUACAACACCAAGAACAAACUUUUCUCCAGAAUUACCUCCACGUUCCAUCCCCUCCGUACGAACCGCCCAGACUGUUGCCCCAUCUCCCAGCUUUCCCAACAGCCAGCCACAGACUCACGCAGCUGCGAUGGACCCUUCGGAGUUGCCAGUUUCAACUUCCAAACAGUUGGCAGCAUUUCCUUCCUCCGCUGAGGUCUAUGAUUUCUCAACAAUGGGAAACGUGAAAAAGCCAGCAGUCUCAGAUGUUUCCUGGAGUUCUCUUUCAGCAGAAACUGGAUCCCUUUCCACAGAACCAACGAUAUCUGGCUUGCUGCAGCAAACAAAUUAUGGUAUAAAUGGGCACACAAUUAACUCCACAAGUUGGAAAACUCAUUCAACUUCCUCUACUGCCCCCAGUGGUUUAGCUUCAGCUGUUGGAACAAUAGAAUCUCAGGAUCUCAAAGACACUGCUGGGCAUUUAGCAACUGCAGAAGGCUUUAGCAUUCAGGAUCCAGUCCUCGAUACAAGCACCAACCAGCCCAUCCAACAGUUGGAUGUGACCAUGGCUGGAAACCAUACAGAUGUCUUAUCCAUAAUAAGUAACAGUACUCAUUCCAGAGACUCCCAACCAGCUGAGGUUGAAGAUUACCCAUCCACAAGUCAACAUGUCAAGUCUCAUCUCCAUCUACGACAGCCUACCCAUCCAGCACAUCCUGUCUUGCUAACCUCUCCAAGUCUGCCUUCCACCGCUGGCUCGCAGGAAGUGUUUUCAGAUAGAAUGGAUACACGUUUCCAAAUUCCCAGCAGCAUCUCCCCAUCUCCUGUGAUAAAUGCUUCCGCACCAUUCCAGAGUGUCCUGAGAUAUCACUCUACUGCUGAGUCUCCUCUGUCAGCCAGAGCCUUAUCCAGGGCCCCAUCCAAAGUGCUUCUGCCCUUGCAGCUCCCCAAGACAUGGACAGGUGCAGCCACGAAUGCAGUGGACUUCACAGUGCCGUCCAAGGCAGAACCCACGGCGGCGGCGGCACCGACGUUGUUUCUGAGGAAAUCAAGUCCACCGGCACUGUCUGCAGCCUUGCUCGCUAAGGGCACCGGCAGCAGCCCUUCGGCCGUGGCCUCAGGACUAGUCAAGAGCAGUUUGACCACUGCUCUAGCCAAAAACGUCACAAACAACACAGCACCUGGCCCGAAGGCGACCCCAGGCGCAGUCCACCCAGCCUUCUCCUUCACGCCAACCUACAUGUUUGCGAGAUCGGCACACACCAUGAGCACUCACACAGCCAUGCAAGUGAACACGGGCGCUGCCUCUGGCCUGCUGUCCACAACACACCUCCCCAGGAAACCACAAGCCAUGCACACGAACUUCCCAAACGCCGCCAGCCCAGACAUGCCCAGGGCGUCCACCACGCGCGCACUGACAAUCACGGCAGCCUGGACGUCCCUCACCGCACCGGUGAGGGCGACCCGGUUGCCGCCUCUGCUGGCAGAAAACCCAAAUGCUGCUCUACCUGCUGUGUCGACAGCUAUGGUCACAACCGGCAAAAUGGCAUCCAACCUGGAGUGUCAGAUGUCCAGUAAACUCCUGGUGAAGAUAGUUCUCUUUCUGAUGCAAAGGAGAGUGCAGAUCAGUGAAACCCUGAAGCUCAAUAUAGCCAAAGGGCUCACACAGGCCCUGCGGAAGGCUUUCCACCAGAACGACGUCUCGGCUCACGUGGACAUUCUGGAACAUUCUCACAAUGUCACAGUUGGUUAUUAUGCUACCAAAGGGAGGCUGGUGUACUUGCCUGCUGUAGUGAUCGAAAUGCUGGGUGUUUAUGGGGUCAGCAACGUCACUGCAGAUCUGAAGCAGCAUACCCCAAACUUGCAGUCUGUGGCAGUACUCGCCUCCCCGUGGAACCCCCAGCCUGCAGGCUACUUCCAGCUCAAAACAGUGCUUCAGUUUGUGAGCCAGUCUGACAACAUCCAGUCCUGCAGGUUUGCUCAGACAAUGGAACAGAGGCUGCAGAAGGCCUUCCAGGAUGCCGAGAAGAAGGUUCUGAAUACCCAAAGCAACCUGACGAUUCAGAUUGUGAGCACGUCCAACGCCUCCCAGACUGUCACCUUGGUGUACGUGGUGGGCAAUCGGAACUCAUUCCUCAAUGGCACCGUCGCCAGCAGCCUCCUCCGCCAGCUCUCGGCCGAGCUGGUGGGGUUCUACCUCACCUACCCGCCGCUCACCAUCGCUGAACCACUGGAAUAUCCCAACCUUGACAUAUCGGAGACAACCAGAGACUACUGGGUAAUUACAGUGCUGCAGGGCGUGGACAAUUCGCUGGUGGGUCUGCACAACCAGAGCUUCGCCCGGGUCAUGGAGCAGCGCCUGGCCCAGCUGUUCAUGAUGUCCCAGCAACAAGGCCGGCGCUUCAAACGGGCCACCACCCUGGGAAGCUACACCGUACAGAUGGUCAAGAUGCAGCGCGUGCCGGGACCCAAGGACCCAGCGGAGCUGACUUACUACACCCUGUACAACGGGAAGCCUUUGCUGGGGACUGCAGCUGCCAAGAUCCUGAGCACCAUUGACUCCCAAAGGAUGGCCUUGACCUUGCAUCACGUUGUCCUUCUGCAAGCUGACCCUGUGGUGAAGAACCCACCCAACAACCUGUGGAUCAUCGCCGCGGUGCUGGCACCCAUCGCCGUGGUCACCGUCAUCAUCAUCAUCAUCACUGCUGUGCUCUGCCGGAAGAACAAGAACGACUUCAAGCCGGACACUGUGAUGAACCUGCCUCAGAGGGCAAAGCCUGUGCAAGGCUUUGACUAUGCCAAACAGCACCUGGGCCAGCAAGGGGCCGACGAGGAGGUCAUCCCCGUGACCCAGGAGACGGUGGUCCUCCCACUCCCUGUUAGAGAUGCUCCUGCCUCGCAGGAAAGGGACGUCGCCCAGGACGGAAGCACCAUCAAGACGGCCAAGUCCACCGAAACCAGAAAGAGCAGGUCGCCCAGUGAGAAUGGCUCUGUCAUCAGCAACGAAUCAGGGAAGCCCAGCUCGGGGGGGCACUCGCCCCAGAAUGUAAUGGCACAGCAGAAAGUGACAAAGGAGGAGGCACGGAAGAGGAAUGUGCCAGCGAGUGAUGAAGAGGAAGGAGCAGUUCUUUUCGACAACUCCGGCAAGGCAGCUGCCGACCCUUUCGACACGUCCUCUGGGUCUGUGCAGCUCAUCGCAAUAAAACCCACAGCCCUCCCCGUGGUGCACCCCACCCCGGACCGCAGCCAGGAGGCUGCGGUGCUCAACGGCGAGGUGAACAAAGCCCUGAAGCAGAAGUCAGACAUCGAGCACUAUCGGAACAAGCUGCGCCUCAAAGCCAAGAGGAAGGGGUAUUACGAUUUCCCUGCUGUGGAGACAAGCCAGGCUCAGACGGAAAGAAAAAAGAUGUACGAGAAAGCCCAGAAGGAAAUCGAGCACGUGUUGGAUCCCGACCCAGAAUUGUGCGCCCCGUUUGCGGAGUCUAAAAACAGGCAACAGACGAAGAACUCUGUCUACCGAAGCCGGCAGUCUCUGAAUAGCCCAAGUCCCGGGGAAACAGAAAUGGACCUUCUGGUGACUCGGGAGCGACCCCGGCGUGGAAUUCGUAACAGCGGAUAUGAUACUGAGCCUGAAAUCAUAGAGGAAACCAACGUUGACAGAGUUAACGAGCCCCGGGGCUACGCCAGGUCUCGGCAGGUGAAAGGCCACUCGGAGACCUCCACGCUCAGCUCCCAGCCCUCCAUCGAUGAGGUCAGGCAGCAGAUGCACAUGCUGCUGGAGGAGGCCUUCAGCCUGGCCUCGGCGGGCCACGCGGGCCAGAGCCGGCACCAGGAGGCCUACGGCUCAACGCAGCACCUGCCCUACUCGGAGGUGGUGACCAGCGCUCCGGGGACCAUGACGCGGCCCAGGGCUGGGGUGCAGUGGGUGCCGACUUACCGCCCAGAAAUGUACCAGUACAGUCUGCCCCGGCCGGCCUACAGGUUUUCCCAGCUUCCGGAAAUGGUCAUGGGCUCUCCCCCUCCGCCUGUACCUCCCCGGACUGGCCCUGUGGCGGUCGCUUCUCUCAGGCGGUCCACCUCCGACGUCGGCAGCAAAACGAGGAUGGGCGAGUCCGCGGGGCCCGAGCCCGCCCAUCUGCACGACAGCGCCUCCUUCGCGCAGGUGUCCAGGGGCCCGGUGUCCGUGGCGCAGCUGGAUCAGUCGGCUUUAAAUUACUCAGGUAAUACGGUGCCGGCAGUGUUCGCCAUCCCAGCUGCCAACAGACCGGGCUUCACUGGCUACUUCAUCCCGACACCCCCCUCGUCCUACAGGAGCCAGGCCUGGAUGUCCUGUGCAGGAGAGCACGAGCUCCCGGGCCAGUGGGCCGAUUCGGUCCCCCUCCCAGGCUACAUCGAGGCCUACCCCCGGUCACGUUAUCAGCAGAACUCUCCCUCCAGGCUUCCUCGCCAGUACAGCCAGCCAGCCAGCAUGCACCCCAGCUUGGAGCAGGCCCCUGUGCCCUCCACAGCCGCCUCCCAGCAGAGCCUGGCAGAAAACGACCCUCCCGACACACCCCUGACCAACAUCUCCACAGCGGCCCUCGUAAAGGCCAUCCGGGAAGAGGUGGCCAAGCUGGCCAAGAAACAGACGGACAUGUUUGAGUUCCAGGUCUAAUGCCUUAGCCCCAUGGGACUUCCCGACUGUGAGGAAAGAGUUUUGGGGC